CUGAAGAUUAUCGCAGCGUAGACUAGCCUCAGGCAGCACCACGGCCGUUUCCGACGCUGUGAACGACAUGCAUUGCGCCUGUGAUAGUGGCGGCGCCAUGCCGAUGUAGUUCACGGAAAACGACCUGAUACGUCAGAAGUCACUGUAGUUCCACAAUCUCCGGAGCUGGGCCUAAAAGCAAGACUACUAUUUCUGCUUCGAAUAGAGAGGUUCCGCUUCCGCUGCUUCCGCUGCGUCCACCCUUCACUCCACCAUAUGACCCCUUCCAUCCAAUUGUCAUAACAACCGUCCGACCAUGGCAGCAGCAGCGGAGGAGUCCGACGCGCCGCGCUACGUCCUGAUUCCACUGCACGGCACGGGCGAGGCGGUGGCGGUGGACGCGGAGCGGCUGCCGGCGGACCACGGCGACCUCGUCGACAUUCUCAAGGGCGAGCAGGCGCCGCUGCACUGCUGGCUGCACCUCGCCCGGGCGUACUUCAAGCAGGGCAACACAGCGGCGUUCCUGGAGAUCCUCUCGGAAGGCACCUCGCCAGAUGCGGAAAGAGUGUAUGAGACCUCCCGCCCCGAGCGCAUUGCCAUGCUGAACGCCCUGGGCGCGUACUACACGGGGCUGGGCCGCGUGGCGCGGCGGCAGAAGCGCGACGAGGUGUUGAUCAAGGUGGUGGACUUCUACAACAAGGCGGCCAGGAUCAGCAGUGAAGAAGUGGCCACGUGGGUGGGCAAAGGGCAGCUGCAGCUGGUGAAGGGCGAGCUGCACCAGGCAGAGGAGAUGUUCUCCCUCGCCCUCGCUGGCGUCCCGGACUAUGUGCCCGCGCUGCUGGGGAAGGCGUGCGUUCUCUUCCAGAAGGGCAAGUUCCAGGACGCCCUCAACCUCUACAAGAAGGUGCUGCAGAUGCACCCUGGCUGCCCCGCGUCCGUGCGUCUGGGCAUCGGUCUCUGCCAUCUGCGCCUCUUCUCCUCCUCCGCCGCCCGCCAGCCCGCUGCCGCCCGCCGGGAGUUUCACCAGGCGAAGGCGCGGCAGGCACUGGAGAGGGUGCUGCAGUUGGAGCCGGGGAAUGCAGACGCGCUCGUGGGGCUGGGGCUGCUGGACGUGAAUUCUGAUGACGCCGCCACAGUGCGGCGGGGCGUGCAGCGCAUGCUGGCGGCGUUCAACGCGUUCCCCUUCCACCCCGUGGCGCUCAACCAGCUCGCCAACCACUGCUUCCUCGCCGGGCCCGCCCUGCACGCCCUCGUCGACCCCCUCGCUGCUGUCGCCAUCGCCAGCACCGAGCAGGCGCUGCCCAGGGCUGAGAGCUUCUACUGCCUGGCCAGGACGUACCACGCUCAGGGUGACCGGAAGAAGGCCUUUGCCUACUACAAGGCAGCCACAGAGACUGUGCAGCCGGGGGAGUUUUCUCUGCCAUACUACGGGCUGGGGCAGAUCCAGCUCAGCCUGGGGGACGCCAAGGCUGCUCUGGCCACACUGGAGAAGGUGCUGGCCGUGCACCCCACCAACAGUGAUGCGCUCAAGCUGGUGGGCGCCAUUCACCUGCAGCAGGGGCGGCAGGACCAAGCCUUGACAUGCUUCCGGAAAAUCACCCAGCACUGCCCCUCCGACAUGGAUGCGUGGCUGGAGGUGGGGGAGCUGCUCGUGUCCACGGACCUCACUGCGGCUCUCGAGUCCCUCAAGAAGGCAUACGAGCGCAUGGUGAAGGCAGUGGGCAAGGAGGGUGUGCCGUGGCAGCUGGUCAACAACAUUGCAGCGCUGCAGCAUGAGAGGGGUGCGUACGAGGAGGCAGUGGAGGCGUACAAGGAAGCACUGGGCUCGCACGGGCCCUGGGCUGCCAUCCUCCAGCCUGAGGGGGCAGGGGGGGCAGCAGGGGCAGGCGGCGGAAGCAGGGGGCUACCACUGCCAGUGGAGAGGGUGACGGUGGUGUUCAACCUCGCACUCUCCCUCGAACGCACCAGCCAGCUCACUCAGGCGGCGGCCCUUCACCGCCUCAUUCUCUCGCAGUACCCCUCCUAUCUGGACUGCCACCUGCGCCUGGCAGUCAUGGCUCUGGACAGGCGUGACAACACUGCUGCCAUGGCGCAUAUAUCAGAGGUGCUGUCCCUCGAUGCCGACAACGUGGACGCGCUUCUGCUGCGCAGCCGGGCGGAGGCGGAGAGGGACGACCACGGCGCGGCCAAGGACACGCUCAAGCACAUCGUGGACCUCUCGCCUGAGAAGUGCACGGCUGCCCUCGUUGCUCUGGGCAACUGGAAUCUGAGCAUGAGUGCGCGGCCCACUCGAGAUACCAAGGCUGAGGCGUCCUUCCUUGAGAAGGCGAGGGAGAUGUUCCACAAGGCCCUGUCGGGCAACAGCAGCAACAUGUAUGCGGCGAACGGGGUGGGGUGCGUGCUGGCGGAGCGCGGGCUGUUCGACCUGGCAAAGGACAUCUUCACGCACGUGCAGGAGGCGGGCAGCGCGGCGGGCGCCACCGACCUGCCGGACGUGUGGAUGAACCUCGCCAACGUGCACGUGGCCAAGGGGGACUGCGCGCUCGCUGUCAAGCUGUACGAAAAGACGCUCAAGCGCUUCUUUGCGAGCGGGGCAGUGGGGACAGGCGGGUCUGAGGGAACCCACCUGCGCGCCUUGUCCUACAUGGCGCGUGCGCAGUACGACGCCGACCAGCUGGCGCAGUGCCGCCGCUCGCUGCUGCUGGCCAUGCAUGUGGCGCCGAGCAACGCCGCCCUGCGGUUUAACGUGGCGGUGGCACUGCAGAAGAUGGCGGUCACCGUGCUGAAGCAGGAGAAGCGCACGGCGGAGCAGAUUCGCAAGGUGGUCUCGGAUCUAAAGACGGCCCUCCGCCUCUUCUCUCAGCUAGCAGCAAGGGGGGUGCAGGGAGCGCAGGGAGGCCUUGACAGGAAGAAGGCCAACUCGCACCUCGAAUACUGCCAGCAUGUGCUCGGGUCGGCCAAGCAGCACCUGGAGGUGGCGGAGAGGGAGGAGCAGCAGCGCAAGCAACGGCUGGAGGCAGAGCGGCAGGUGGCAGAGGUGGAGGCAACGAAGAAGAGAGCAGAGGAAGAUAAACUCAUGGAGGUGGAGCGCCAGAGGAGGGACGAGGAGGAGAGGCGGCUGCUGCAGCAGGAGGAAGAGAUCAAGCGCCGCGUGGAGAUGUGGAAGCGCAACGACCGACCCAAGCCCGUGGACGACGACGACGAGGGCGGGGAUCACGGCCGCGGGGAGGGGAGGAGCCGCAAAGACAGGGAGAAGGAGAGGCGCAAGGAGAAGAAACGGGACAAGCACCGGGAUAGGGACAGGGACAGGGAUAGGUCUCGGGAGAGGGAGGAGGAUGGGGAUAGGAAGGAGAGGCGGAAGGACAAGAAGCGCAAGAAGAAGAAGAAGCACCGGGAGGCAAGGGACGAUGACAGGGAGGAUGGGGCGGGGUGGGGCAGUGACCGUGGCAACAGGAGCGAUAGGGAGGAGAGGGACGAGGGGGAGAACCCGUGGGUUGACAACGAGAGGGGGGAGGGUUCGGACGGGGAGAGGGGGGAGAAGGAGGCGGGGGGCGCAGCAGGGAACGGUGCGGGGGAUGAUGCCCUGGCUGCUGCUGGGCUUGUGGAUGAUGAGGAUGAAGGGGGAGGGCACGCCAGGGGAGAUGACGACGAGCGGGGAGCUCCCUCUCGCAAGCGGCGUCGCCAGCUGGCAGAUUCAGACGAGGAGGAUGCUGCCGCACCUGCCAGCAGUCCACAUGAUGCCACGGAGGCACCCCAGUCCCACCCACACUGACGAUGCAGAAGCAAUGCAUGAAGGGUGAAGAAGAGGCACAGCACAAUGCAAGCAAACUUGUAGUUAGGAAAAAACGAUUAAGGUUCGCAUGCAUGAAGCACUGUAAUAACGGUUUCUUUUGGAAAUCAUAAAAUUCCCCCGUCAAUAGACCCAUUUAUGGCUAACUGCAUGAUAUUCUCGAGAAUGAGCUUGUGAUUUAUGCAUGUGAUAUAUGUACGAUGUAGCAUAACUGCGAUGUCGCAGAUGUUGCAUGGAGAGUUCUAACAUUGGUUUCGGUCGUGAUUUGCUCCUGUUGGGCUGAGAAAAACCCUUUAGGAUCUUUUGCAGAGACUAAGUCCCAGCUGUAAAGACUUGAGACUUGGAGUAGUGCAGCGGAAGUUGAGACACGGUAGGGAGUUGAGGCGGUAGCCGGUGUUAGUCCGAAUUUCUUCGCGACAGUGCCUGCGUACUUUCCAGCGUGUAGGUAGAACGCCGAGUUGUCUUCGACGAUAUUUAGCCCCAAGUACUGGGUCACUGAGUCGGACACUGUGAGCGUCAGGUCCCCUUUCAGCUCCCCUUCGAACCGGGUGACGAUCUCUCAUACCAUGUUGGGCUGAGAAAAACCCUUUAGGAUCUUUUGCAGAGACUAAGUCCCAGCUGUAAAGACUUGAGACUUGGAGUAGUGCAGCGGAAGUUGAGACAGUUGAACCCUUG